UUGUAUCUGGUAGUCAUCACUUUCGAGCCGAGGGGGUUUCAGUUUCGGUAGGGCUGAGUGACGGACGGGGCCGUUGGCAAAUUUGGCUACGAUGGUCACUUGUGUGUGGGAGCCGAGGUCGGUGAUAGUACCUGCCUUUUUUUCGCUCCAGGCAAUGAGUGAUCUUUACCUCGUACCUAGUGCAGACGCACCAGACACGCGGACCGUUAUACUGAUUGCGCUUCUUCGAAUACCUACCUUGCAACCGAUGCGACUUUGGGGGAUUUCUUUUUUCCUUUUUUUUUUUUUUUUCUUAUCUGCUAUGUCUGGUCUACCUCUACAUGUAGGGAAGAAACACGGGAUGAUUGAUCGAGGAGGGUACCAGUACUUCCAGAUAUCUAGAAUACGUCGUCUAUUUCAACCUUCGUGGCUGUCUCUCUACUUUAUUUCUUGUUCGUUUCCUCGUCCUUCCGCGCUGCUUACUUUUCCAUUAUCCGUGUUUCUUUUUUUCUUCUUUUUCUUUGAGAUCAUCCCGUAACCUACCUACCUUGGAUACAAGGAAUACACCAUACCAAGAAAACACUGCUAAAUGUCAACCC